AUGGCUUUUGCUGCGCCCAUUGUUUCCUCUCUCUUCUCGCGAUUCUACCGUCCAUUUUCAACUACCUCGCCCGUGCUCUCCUUGACUCCCGAGACUUCCGCGCGCAACAUGUCAGCAACUACUGAGAAAGCCACCUUGGCAGCCGGCUGCUUCUGGGGCGUUGAGCACUUGUACCGCAAGCACUUUGGCAACGGAAAGGGUCUCUUGGACGCGAGGGUUGGAUACUGUGGUGGCAACACGUCGUCGCCCUCUUACCGUGCUGUCUGUGGCGGAGAUACUGGCCACGCCGAAGCUCUCCAAAUUUCCUAUGACUCCUCGAUCGUCUCCUACCGCCAACUCCUCGAAUUUUUCUAUCGCAUGCACGACGCAUCUACGGCAAACCGUCAGGGACCCGAUGUCGGGACUCAGUAUCGAAGCGCCAUCUUCACACAUGGCGAAGAGCAGCAAAAGAUUGCCGAAGAGAUCACAGAAAAAGUUAGCAAGGAGUGGUACAAGAAACCCGUGUCCACCCAAGUGGUCCCUGCGGGUCAGUGGUGGGAUGCCGAGGACUACCACCAGCUCUACUUGACCAAGAACCCGGCUGGAUACGAGUGCCCAGCUCAGUAUGUUUACCUGUCACACUCGGUCGAACGUAUGAUCAUGGUCGACAAACACUAA